CAGUUUGCGCCACAAGCAGGUCCUUUCCAGGCUGCUGGGGUCAUUUGCGGGUUCAUCACGCUGCUGUGAUCAGUGGUGCUUUAGCUCGACAGGAGGAGAAAUGUCCAGGCUCCUGUUCUUCCUGAGGUCUCCAGCUGUAAGCUCCUGUAACAAGAGGCUUCUCUGCGGUAACCACAGCGCAGGCAGCCGCCGAGUCCUAGCGGCCUCUUUCAGCUCAGGCACCAAUACAAGGCGGCAGCAGAAUUGCAUUAUUCGUAGGCCCUGGAGCGUUAACCAUCGAAAUGUGAACUUAUGUUUCUACAGUACCCAUGCAGAAACAGCUGAGGAGCCCCAUCACAAUAUUAUCAGUGACACAGAGAAUGUUCAAGGGUCCUUCAUCAAGCAUGAGUUCCAGGCAGAGACAAAAAAGCUGUUGGACAUUGUUGCCAGAUCUUUGUACUCCGAGAAAGAGGUGUUCAUCAGGGAACUUAUUUCUAAUGGAAGUGAUGCCCUGGAAAAGUUACGGCAUAAGAUUAUUACAGGAGGGGGACAGGAUGCACCCUUGGAACUACACCUACAGACUGAUGCAGCCAAAGGCAUCUUGAUCAUUCAGGACACAGGCAUUGGGAUGAAUCAAGAGGAACUGGUUAAUAACUUGGGUACCAUUGCUCGGUCUGGCUCUAAGGCUUUUCUAGACACACUUCAGAGCCAAUCGGAGACCAGCAACUCCAUCAUUGGUCAGUUUGGAGUAGGCUUCUAUUCUGCCUUUAUGGUGGCAGACAAAGUAGAUGUCUAUUCUCAGAGUGCAGAAUCUGGUGUUCCUGGAUACAAGUGGUCCUCAGAUGGCUCAGGGAUAUUUGAGAUUGCAGAAGCCAGUGGGGUGAGACAGGGCACUAAGAUAGUGUUACAUCUCAAAGAAGAAUGCCGCGAGUUUUCUUCUGAGGACCGUGUUAAAGAGGUCAUCAACAAGUACAGUAACUUUGUCAGCUUUUCCAUCUACCUGAAUGGUCGACGGCUUAACACUCUGCAGGCACUUUGGAUGAAUGACCCCAAAGAGAUCAGUGAGUGGCAGCAUGAGGAGUUUUAUCGCUAUGUGGCGCAGGCCUAUGACAAACCUCGUUACACCCUUCACUAUCGCGCUGACGCACCACUCAACAUCCGCAGCAUUUUCUAUGUACCAGAGACUAAGCCAUCCAUGUUUGAUGUGAGUAGGGAACUGGGUUCCAGCGUGGCUUUGUACAGCAAGAAGGUCCUUAUCCAGACUAAGGCAACAGACAUCCUGCCCAAGUGGCUGCGUUUCUUACGAGGUGUGGUUGACAGCGAGGACAUCCCCUUGAACCUCAGUAGAGAGUUACUACAAGAAAGUGCACUCAUCAGAAAACUGCGAGAUGUUCUUCAACAAAGAAUCAUUCGGUUCCUGUUAGAUCAGAGCAAAAAAGAGCCAGAGAAAUACGAUCGUUUUUUUGAAGACUAUGGACUUUUCGUUAGAGAGGGAAUCAUCACCACAGCUGAGCAAGAUGUCAAAGAAGACAUAGCCAAACUGUUACGCUUUGAGUCGUCUAUUCUGCCCCCUGGUAAGCAGACCAGCCUCCUGGAGUACACUUCUCGGAUGAAAGCUGGCACAAGGAACGUCUACUAUCUGUGCGCUCCAAACCGCCACCUAGCUGAGUGCUCACCGUAUUUUGAGGCCAUGAAGCAGAAAGACAUAGAGGUGUUAUUUUGCUUUGAGCAGUUUGAUGAGUUAACUCUGCUCCAUCUCAGAGAGUUUGACAAAAAGAAGCUAAUUUCUGCUGAAACUGAUAUUGUUGUUGACCAUUAUAAAGAGGAGAAGUUUCAAGACAGCAGGCCAGAAUCAGAAAGGUUAACUGAACCCCAAGCUGAAGGUCUAAUGGCCUGGAUGAGGAACUCGCUUGGCCAGAAAGUCACAAAUAUCAAGGUGACUCCUCGCUUGGACACCCACCCAGCCAUGAUCACUGUGCUAGAGAUGGGAGCAGCCCGACACUUCCUACGCACACAGCAGCUGGCCCGAAAUGUGGAUGAGAGAGCCCAGAUCCUUCAACCCACCUUGGAGAUAAACAUUGGACAUGACCUUAUUAAGAAACUUCAUAUGCUAAAAGACUCAAAUCCUGAACUUGCGCAGCUGCUUCUUGAGCAGAUUUAUGAAAAUGCUAUGAUCACAGCUGGCCUGACCGAUGACCCCCGCCCAAUGAUCUCUCGCUUAAAUGAUCUACUGACCAAAGCAUUGGAGAAGCACUGAGAGCUGUAAGCAGUGACUACCAACAGGCAAAAAUGUGUGUAACUUCAUGUGUUGAGAUCAUAGUACAUUCAAAUUGAUAUUGUCUGCAGGUAACAUGUUCUUUUGUAUUUGUGAUGUGUUUUAAACAAAUAAAAAGUGAUAUCUAA